AGAGCAGACCUUCUCUCAUUUAAAGGGUUUUCCCUUUCAUACAUAAAAGCAUAGUGGUUAUUUAAUCGGCAAGUGACCCGUAAAAGGAUUGUGCGCAUUACCACAAGAGAGUACUUUUACACAAGCCUACAUGACGAACUCUGGGGAACCUAAAGAUUUGUGAAAUUCACAAGGUUUGUGUUUUUCUAAAUUUAGUAAAUUCAUACUUUGGACAUAGACUAAGAAAGUGGAAGAAGCAAGACAAGAGAUUGCAUUCUUUGCUUUUAUCUCUCCCUUUUUUUCGGGCUUUAUUUGGUAAUGUACGGUCAUUUUCUCCGGGAACUUUUCUGUGGGCUUUUCCAGGGUAGAGGUGGCUUCCUCAUCCCCUCUGUAAUUCCUGUAUGUAGGGCCUUUCGAAUUAUUCCUCUGGAAAAAGUUUUUCCGCCUUUCUUUUGCCCCCCUGCAGCCUCCUUUUUGCGUAGGGGUGGGGAAUUGCAGUUUGGCCAUUCCCUGAUGCGGAGUUUGGCCAGGCCUUCGCGGAAUUUUCACCCAGCCCGGCCUUUAAUCGCCACUUUUUGCGUUUCUCGCAUGAAUUUCUUAGAAGAAGGCGAAAAAGGAGGAGGCUAUUAUCGAUUUGCGCAUGUGAAUCAAAUUGCACUGGAUGCGGGGGUGUAUGAGAUCCACACAAAGCGUGGAAGUGGGCCAGGUGGACAGGGCACGAAUAGCUCCAGCAACAAAGUUGAGCUGCGCGUCGAUCUGGAGAUGCUCUCGGGGUUUUUUGACGAGGAGAUUAUCAAAAUUAUGCGGAAAAAUGAACAUCAAAAGGCCUUGACUAGGGAUGGGGCGACUCUCGUGGUAAGCUGCCAUGAACAUCGUAGCGCGCUUCAGAACAAGGAGGCUUGCAUUCGAAAAGUGAAGGAAAUUAUCAGGAAAGCCUCAUGGGUUCCAUUUGUGGAUGCCGAACCUAUCAAGACGGGCUCGAAUACUAUUUCUCACUCCAAAAUGGAGCGGCGUCAAAAGCGCAAUUUUAUGAAAAUGCAGCGAGCAGCACGUAAGGGUAAUUGGUGAGAAAAUAAAAUGAUUUCGGCAUAUGGAAGUGGUGGAUGAGGGUUUCCUUUUUCCUUUUCUGUCGGUUUACAUUCGGGCAUAUUCUAUUUGGCCACUGAUGUCUAAGAUGCUGUAAGAGAGAGAAAGGAUAAAAAUACAAGAAGAAGAGUCUACACCCCAGAGGGAUGUUUUGUGUGUGUUUAUGCAGUGAAUUCAGAUUCUUGAAGGAUCAAUUUCACAAACACGGUAA